CUUCGCACUCAUUCUCCAGUCGGCCUGCAAAGACUGUAGUCAGUAUGCCUGAGCCAGCGAAGUCGGCGCCUGCCCCCAAGAAGGGCUCCAAGAAAGCCGUCACCAAGGCGCAGAAGAAGGAUGGCAAGAAGCGCAAGCGCAGCCGCAAGGAGAGCUACUCGGUCUACGUGUACAAGGUGCUCAAGCAGGUGCACCCCGACACGGGCAUCUCGUCCAAGGCCAUGGGCAUCAUGAACUCCUUCGUCAACGACAUCUUCGAGCGCAUCGCCGGCGAGGCGUCGCGCCUGGCGCACUACAACAAGCGCUCCACCAUCACGUCGCGGGAGAUCCAGACUGCCGUGCGGCUGCUGCUGCCCGGGGAGCUGGCCAAGCACGCCGUGUCGGAGGGCACCAAGGCUGUCACCAAGUACACCAGCUCCAAGUGAGCGCCCCUGGCUGCUGCCUAUAACCCAAAGGCUCUUUUCAGAGCCACCCACUUCUCCAUAAUGGGAGCUGCACACUGAUAGAUCGCGUCCCAACAAGGGGCAAGGCUUGGUAUAGCUUUAGAACAUUUAUUACUGAGCACUUGUUACCUGUCUACAAUUUCGCACAAGCUUUAGUUAUGACAAUGCUCAUUCUGAGCCUUUGAAUCCUACAUAGAUGUGAAUACUUCCUGCAGUGUUGGGUGGGUUUUAGUAGCAGUUCAUAAAGCUGUUGCCCACAGUUACUUUCAAUUCAAAACUUACUUGAGAAAUUUUCUGUCAGUUUGGGUGUUUUCCUCACCUCAUAUUUAACUAGGGCUUUAAGGGCCCCGAAUAUCCCAUAAAAAUUUUAGGGCAGUAUUGAGGUUAAAGCUUUUUUUCUAGGGUCUUUUUUCAUCUUUUUGAUUCCUUUUUCUCACAAGCUAUGCCUACAAAGAUUCUUAGCGUUUGUCAUAUGAAUUUGUAAGGAUGUGGCCUAAAUUAACUAUAUGAGAUGUAAGUCCAAUGUAAUGAAUCUAAAUCCAACUUAGACCUUACGUGCAACUUCUUGUAUCCUGAUCUUUUUCUCUCCAGAAAUUUUUGGCUCUCUAGUUAAUCACAACGAUUUAUCAACCCUAGAAAGGAAGAAAAAUUUGGACCUAGGCAUAAGUGGGCUUUGACAGAUGGAGCACUUGGGAUACAGCCCAGGAUCUUGUACAUACCACUACCACUAAUCCAUAGCUACACCAUUUGAGGUGUAGGUUUUUGUUGUUCCUAUGUUGGACACAGCUUUGUGACUGGGGAAAAUAGAAGCAAGUGAAGUUUGGUUAAGGGUCCCACACCCUUAACAGAUUAAAUCAGAAAUAAACGAUUCUUCCGAAAUGA